CAACAAGCGCAAGCCGCAUGCUCCGGGAGAGAAUGUGUUGGUGCAAAAGGAGUCAACAACGCCACGCCACAGUGGGUGGUGAUGGCGCAUUAACGCCGAGAUGGGCAAAGAUGAUCGGCAAUAAACAAGGGGAUCUACGGAAGGGAUGGUGUGGCCCCGGAAACCGGGGUACUCCUGGUCUGUGGAUUUGUGACCGGGUAAUGGGGUGAUAUGGAGGUGGACACUCAGAGCCGCGAACACCAACAUCACGAGCUAUCGGGCAGCGGAGAGGGCAUGAUGCUGCGGCGGACGGACGGCGGGAAACAAUGCGCGAGUGGGCCUUGUUUGUGUGUGAAAUGGACAUAUAUAGCCCGCCACGGCCCUCCUUCGAUCUCUGAUCUUUCCUCACCACCACCAUCACCAUCAUCCAGCACCCGGAACGGUCUCAUUCCACCACCGCAACCAUGGUCUCCUUCAAGGCUCUCCUUCUCGGUGCCCUCGGCACCGUUGGCGCCCUCGCCUUCCCCCUCAACACGACUGAGCUCAGCGAGGCUCACGCUCGUGGCGAGAAUGUGACGGAGCUGCUCAUGGCUCGUGGUGGCACCCCGAGCCAGACCGGCUGGCACGGCGGGUACUACUUCUCGUUCUGGACCGACAACGGCGGCACCGUCAACUACUGGAACGGUGACAACGGCAACUACGGCGUCAACUGGCAAAACUGCGGUAACUUUGUCGGUGGCAAGGGUUGGAACCCGGGUGCAUCCCGGACGAUCAACUUCAACGGGCAGUUCAACCCGUCGGGCAACGGGUAUCUGGCCAUCUACGGAUGGACGACGAACCCGCUGGUGGAGUACUACAUCGUGGAGUCGUUCGGCACGUACGACCCGUCGUCGAACGCGCAGAACCUGGGCACGAGCUACAUGGACGGCAGCAACUACAAGAUCGCCAAGACGACGCGCUACAACCAGCCCUCCAUCGUCGGCACCGCCACCUUCGACCAGUUCUGGUCCGUCCGCCAGAACAAGCGGUCCAGCGGCAGCGUCAACGUCGGCGCCCACUUCUCCCGCUGGUCCCAGAGCGGCCUCCGCCUCGGCCAGCACAACUACCAGAUCAUGGCCACCGAGGGCUACCAGAGCUCCGGCUCUUCCUCCAUCACCGUCUGGUAAGCGAGCGGCGCCGCGGUAGGGAGAACUCAAUGCCGGGCCGGCACUGCUACCCGGAUGCCCUGUACCAUGGGCCUGGAUGGGUCUCGGGGG